UCUGAGAGGAGGUGGAGGAGGAGAGGGAGCAACAAGUCUGUAUGAGUGAAACUGUGAAUUCAAAGAACAUACAUCGAAUUACUACUGAUUGGGCUUAAAGGAAACUAUUCGUGACGAGUUCCCAGUUGGAUUCAUCUGCUGAGGGAGUACGGAGUGAAGGUAUCAUGGCCGCCCAGUUCACUGAACUGCCCUCCUAGACUUACCUGAGAUUAAGAUAUACACACCUUAACAUCCCUGGAAUCCUCACUUAUAGUGACUUUUAGUCUGUGUGAGGGAUGACAACCUCCCAUCUGAACGGCCAUGUUGCCGGGGAGGGAGGAGGAGGAGGAGGAGGAGGAGGAGGGGGAGAUGAAGAGCUGCGAGGAGGAGGAGGAGGACAGCACAGGGAAAUGGCCGUCGACUGUCCUGGAGAGCUGGGGAGUCGAACGCUACCGGUCCGUCGAUCCGCACAGCUGGAGAGGAUACGACAACACCAGGAGGAUCUUCGUCGUCGCAGAGAGGAGGAGGGUCGGCAGCUGGACCUGAACGCCUCGCUCAGACUCCGGAAGCUCUCCCAGAAUCCGCACAUCGGCAUCGACAACCCCACAUUCCUCCAAGACACACCGCAGCAGCAAGCGCUCGGCAGCCAGCACACACAAGCACUGCUCGAGUUGGAGGAGUUGCUGCUAUCGCUGAAGCAGGUCCGCGGCUGCCUGUCUGACCAGCAGAGUCAGAAUGACGUCGAGCUGGUUCUUGCACUAUUAAACAAGUCUGAUUUCCAGUCAGCACUGAAGAUUCAUAAUGCGGUGGCCACCAGCAUGCACCGACCAUCUCCUCCUUACCCACACACACAGCAGGCACUUCAGCUGGCCAUGGAGGUCAGAAGUCUUAUCCAGCCAGCUCAGAACAAAGAGGGACUCGAACUCCAAAGCCUGCUGUCAGACACACACAUCCAGUCAUUGCUCCUGGCUCAUGACAGCAUAGCAGAGAGGGAGAUGCAGCCUGAGCCGCUGCCCGCCCAAGGAGAAACUCUGACCCAGUGGGGAGGAGAGACUGUCAAGAUCGUUCGCAUAGAGAAGGCCCCAGACAUACCACUGGGGGCGACUGUUCGUAACGAGAUGGACAGCGUGGUGAUCAGUCGAAUAGUUAGAGGUGGAGCGGCCGAGCGGAGUGGACUUUUAUCAGAAGGAGACGAAAUACUGGAGAUCAACGGGAUAGAGAUCAGAGGGAAAGACGUCAACCAAGUGUUUGAUAUUCUUGCGGACAUGCACGGCCUCCUGACCUUUGUGCUUAUUCCCAGCACUCAGAGCAAACCUCCUCCCAUCAAAGAGAACGUGGUCCAUGUGAAGGCACAUUUUGACUACGACCCUUCAGAUGAUCCCUACGUGCCGUGCAGAGAGUUGGGCCUGUCCUUCCAGAAAGGAGAUAUUCUCCACAUCAUCAGCCAGUCAGACCCCAACUGGUGGCAGGCGUACAGGGACGGAGACGAGGAAAACCAGCCGCUAGCAGGACUGGUACCAGGGAAAAGUUUCCAGCAGCAGAGAGAAGCCAUGAAGCAAACGAUAGAAGAAGACAAAGAGCCUGAAAAGUCUGGGAAGCUGUGGUGUGCGAAGAAGAACAAGAGGAAGAGGAAGAAGCUGCUGUACAACGCUCACAGAAAUGAUGAUGUUGACAACGAGGAGAUUCUCACCUAUGAGGAGAUGGCUCUGUACCACCAGCCGGCCAAUAGAAAGAGACCGAUUGCUCUGAUUGGUCCAACCAGCUGUGGCCAGUCAGAGCUCAGACAGAGACUCAUCAACAACCAACUAGAACGUUUCGCUGUAGCUGUACCUCACACUACACGGAAUCGCAGGGCAGAAGAGGUGAGCGGUCGAGAUUACCACUUUGUGUCUCGUCAGACGUUUGAGGCAGAACUGGCAGCAGGGAAGCUGAUCGAGUCUGGAGAGUUUGAGAAGAACCUGUACGGGACGAGCACGGACUCAGUGAGACAAGUCAUCAACACUGGGAAAAUCUGUGUGCUCUGUCUGCACACUCAGGCUCUGAAGGUGCUGAGGAGCUCAGACCUGAAGCCUUACAUCAUCUUCAUCGCUCCGCCCUCCCAGGAGAGACUCCGCGCUCUCUUAGCUAAAGACAACAAGAACCCCAAGCCUGAGGAGCUGCGUGACAUCAUUGAGAAAGCCCGGGAGAUGGAGCAGAGCUGCGGCCAUCUGUUUGACGCCGUCAUCGUGAACACGGACCUGGACAAAGCCUUCAACGAGCUGCUACGACUCAUCAACAAACUGGACACUGAGCCGCAGUGGGUGCCCUGCUCCUGGCUGCGCUGAAAACACACACACACACACACACUCGCUUAUCGCUUAUUCACAAAAACACUCUGACACACACAGACCAGUCAUAGAGUAGAGGAGGGUGUUCACAUUUCUAGAGAAUUUAACUAACUGGAACCCGACAUGAGGGGAGAGAAGUACAACGGAGUAUCAGGGCCACUGACCUGAGGUUUCAAAACUUUAAGAAUCUGACAAGCUGAAGUCGUUUUCCUACAGUGUAUGUUCAUGAUGUCAUCAUAUAAACUUAUAACAACAUUUAAAAGACACUAAAGUAAAUAUUAGAUCUUUUGGUCACUCUGUUAAAUUCACGGCUUCAACUGUAGCGCCAUCUGUAGAUGACAUGUAACGGCCUUAAUCGUCUGUUUGAGCUCGCAUACCGUUAAUGUGACAUCUAAUCAUAACUACCUUUCAUAUCGUUUAAAGCAGCGGUUUUCAGCUCGCCUAGCCUCAGGACCCACCGCCUUCCUCUGCGCAAAAUUGUGACCCAAAUUUCAGAUAUUUUUUGACCAAUCAAAAAAACAAAAUACUGAAAAAUUGUGCAUUUUGGACCUCAGCCUGUACAAAACAUGUGACAGAAUUAAGAAACUGAGUUUACAAAGACAUGUUUAAAAAGCGCUACACAGACUUUUUUAUAAACUUUUUUCCAGGCACACAUUCAUGACCUACUAAAAAUGGCUGUGUGACCCACCUCUGGGUCCCGACCCACCAGUUGAGAACCACAGGUUUAAAGAGCCGUGAGUUUAUGUUGUGUGUGCUGCAGCUGCUGCCUCAAACACCUCCAGUGUUCUGAAUUAUGCAUCACUGUAUGUUUAAUUUAGUCUAAAUAUCAGAUAACCUGUGAUCUAAGACGGGUCAUCUGGACAAUGUUCAUACAUAGAGUAUCUCUCUUUCAGCUAACAAACCAGAUCUUCUUAUUUAUUUCUGACGGAUAAAGUAAAACAUCCUAAAUAGAUUCAAGAAUUCUCAAAAUAUUUGUCCUGCAUUUAAUCACGUUGUUCAGAUGAUUUUCUAAAAUCGAAAUAAACACCCCUUAUAUUUUAUUUUGCAAAUAUAUUUAUCAUUUUGCAACAAUUAGGACUAGGGCACGAUCUUAUGAACUUUAUUAUAAAAGUCUUAAUCUUUAUCUGUGUGUUUUCUUUACUCAGGAUUGUCAAAUAAAUGUAAGGAUUUUACUCACUUUAUUCUUUUCCUUCAAAUGUUAAAACAUUCCUCUAAAAUUUGAAGCCCGUAAACUUCAUCCUCUGACGUGUUAUUACUUUAUUAAACAUAUUUUUAUAAUCCUUUAAUUUAAACCAUGAAGUGACUUUGUACUCCUCGUCAUGACUCAGCAUAAACUAAUUAUAAGAUUACAACUCGUGAACUUUUUCUCAUAACAAAACGACGACUUGUUUAUAACUAAAAUAGAAAUAUUUAGACAUUUUUCUUUAAACUUUAUUCACUUAACUUUUUAAAAAUCUCAGGUUGGAGUUUUGUUGUUUUUGUUUUUUUCUUAACGCUGGCCCUCAUACUCUGUUGUACUGCUGAGACUUCUAGAAAGUCUGGACCUUGAAGCACUGUAAUGACGUUUUGGAAAACUCUAAACAAGCUGAUCUCAGAUGUUCCCUCUCUGGUCCAUCGUGUUUUUAUUCAAACGCUGAUCUCGUUCUUUUCUUGAGACCAAACUAUGGACCUGCAACCUUUUUCCUUAAUUUUUUUUUAUCCUGGUUUUACUUUGUUGGGCCUAAUGACGCUUCCUGUGAUCAUUUCAAUGAGUAUGAUUAAAAAUAUUUAAAUUAUUUUUAACUUCUUGCAGUGCUGAGAAUCACUGUAAUCGCUUGACUUUGUAUUCUUCAUUUUUUAUAUUAAAUAACCCGGUCUGAGCGCUGGUCUAAAACACAAAAUAGUUAAACGAGCCCCCCUCCCCACCGGUGUAAAGACAAUGUGAAAAUCAAACAGAGUACAAAUUUAAACCCACACUGAGCCGCCACAUGUACUGCGAUUAAGAACACACACACACUUUCUCUGAAGUAUGCCCACAGUGCUUUUAAUGAGGAGCGAGGGUCAUUAAUGUCCUGAAGCUCUGCAGCCUUCUGAACUCUGACUGACUGUGUGACAGACUGACUCUCCUGUUUAAUGAACACUAUUUAUCAGAAACACAAGGCGGCCAUUUUCCUCUGAUAUUAAGCUCAGGGGAGCGCAAAUCAGAUGCUGUUAAAAUGGACCAUGUCAUACUGCUGUGUUCAAUGUUGUAAGGAGUAAACGUAGGUGAAUCUGACAAAGGUUACGAUAUCACCAUGUCCAGAUUGUUCAGCAGGCAAAAAUAUAUAUUUUUUUUAAAUGGCAAAACUCUGAAUGACUUCAGGUCAUAUUUCGAGGUUAAAGGAAGGAGCAUGCUCAAAGGCUCAGAAAAGAAGCCAGCACAGAAGUUUCAAAAACUGCAGUUCCUUAAAUGGCCACAAGAGGCUGGCUCCCAAAGUGAGUCAAUCCCCAUCAAGCUCCAUAUUAACGUCCCUACAGCCUGAUCCUAAAGAACCUGUACGCAUGACAAAUGCACAGGGGUUUGAUUUUGUUAACCACCUCUGUUUAAUUUAUAUUAAGGCUAUAAUUAUGCAUAAUUAGGGGUGUGGCCUCUUUGAUUGACAUGUGGGAGCUGCUAGCUAUCUGCUAGGUAUCACCUCUGCUAAUUCAGUCACUGAACUGUUUGUGAUGUCGGUGCCUUUUGGAGAUUUUUCAUGCAAAUAACUGAAAAAUAAUCUGUCAUGUUGAGCGGUUUAAUAUUCUAACAAGAACUCUGUACAACUUCAGUUUUUCAAUGAGUGACAUAACGAAUAUGUUAUAAUGAAGCACUAAUGACCAGGUACUGAUGUCUGCUUGUCAGCUCGUGCAGUGCGUGUCAUACAUUCAUUUAUUUGUGAUGGACCUGUGCAUGUCACUCCGGUUAUACUCAGGUGUUAAGACGACUGGUUGUUUUAGGUUACACAAUUUGUUUUACUCACCUGCAGGCAUCUGGUCACUGAGUUCAAUAUGUUCUACCAGCUCUCUCUUUUAGCUGCUCAUGUUUAACAAAUAAAUCAUUCUGAUCAACUACAAUCAGAAACACAUGUAGCAGGAAACGCGUUGCUUGAGCUUGUACUGGAAAACUCAGAAAACGUUAGCAUUUGCUAACCCAUUGCUGCACUGAAUUCAACCCUCUUGCCUAAACAUAGUUCCCCUCUAACGCCAAAAACAUGGCGGCAGCUAAAACGCUGAACUUGUGCCUUCAAAACGGGCGUCAUCAUGCAAUGAGUGACACCAUGAUAGAUACAUCCAUUUAGAUGAAGCAACAUAUUUGAUAACCGGUUAGCUCCUGUAACAAGGCGGCUAAUGUUAGCGCUUUCCCACUGGUUAGCUUACAUCAGUGAAAAAUGGAAAAGUGGUCAAAAGAAAAUACUUUGUCUACUUUUUACAUGCAGAUGGCAGACAUUUGUCAUAUGUCAGUGCAAAUGUAUUCCAUUUAAGACGCAAUGUAAGACAUCAACACAACACAUUUCCAACCAAGCCAUGUUAGAUAAGAAUUGAGCUUGAUUUACUGUCAGCUAGGAAGUGGUUAAUUGCUCAUAACAACUGUCUCUAUGGUGCCUAAUAGGUCAUGAAUGUUGUCGUUUUUCCUUGAAAUAUGACCAGACGUUCCUGCAGAUUGUCUCAUCUUUUAGCUUCUGAUAAAUCUGGAACGUUUGUCAGAUUAGCUACAAGUACAGGACUCGCAGCCCAAACCACUGAGUGUGACAUUUAUCUGUUUGAAAAACCUUUGAUGCCCUCCCCUUGAGUGUGACACUAAAGACAAAUGGACCCUGUGUGAGUGUGACGAGUUGACACUAAAAUAAAGGACACAGCACUUGAUAUUUCCAAUUCUUUUUUUCUGACUGACAUACGACAGACGAUCUUGACGGUCGACUUUUUGUCCUGUCUGAUCACAUCUGAGUAGAAAUGACUCCUGAGGGGCGGGGCGGGAAAAUGUGAGAGUUGUAGUUUUUAGUGAACACAUGAUGCUGAAUUUAUUAUAUAUUUAGUGUGAGUGUGUGAACGGAUGUUUGUGAGUGUGUGUGCGUGCGUGUGCGCGUGUGUGCGUGUGUGUGCGCGUGCGUGUGUGCGUGUGUGCGUGCGUGCGUGUGUGUGUGUGUGUGUGUGUGUGUGUGUGUUGUGUGCCUGUCUGUGAAGACGGUGAAGUAUUAUUAUUGUGACCUGAAGUAGACCUGACACCAUAUCACUGUUAUCACUGGGUAGAGCCUUUAUAUAUUUGUUAUUAUAAAAAUAGAUUUAUGAAGUCCAGAAUGCACCAAUAGGAUGGCAGGUUUCACCUCCCUUGCCUCCCUGCCAUUGGUCCAGGAGGAAGAGGGGGCGUGGCUAAGUGGAUUUAACUGUGUUGAAUGUAAAGUUAAUUGACACCACUUUGUGUUUAUGAGACAUCACUUUUUCCUGAGAAAAUCUGCUUUUUGUAUGAAUAUUCACAAUGAAUAAAUAAAUAGAUGAUUGAUAUAAAAUGA